AUGGCGUCGAAAGUCCGACCGCUGCUGGCGGCGCUGAAUCAGAGCGGAAAAUAUGCGUACCGCGAGCCAGACAUGCGAGUGGAUCACUUGGUCAUUGGCGGCGGCGUUGUCGGACUGGCUAUAGCGAAUGCUUUGGCUCACCGCUGGCCAGACAAGUCAACAUAUGUCGUCGAGCGGCACGCCGUGUUGGGCGAAGAAACAAGCUCCCGCAAUAGUGAGGUCAUUCAUGCAGGUCUUUACUAUCCACACGACUCUCUUAAGACACGUCUUUGCACGCGGGGCCGCGAACUUCUGUACGAGCGCAUCGCACGCAGCGGCCGCAUCGGUGCCGAGCAGGUGGGCAAGCUCAUUGUCGGCUCAGCGAACGACACAGCGUACUUGGAAGGGCUGUAUAAGCAUGCCCAAAGUAUCAAGCAACAUGCGCCGCGAGUACGGCUGCUCAAUGGGGAAGAAGCACGAGAACUCGAGCCGGAUUUAUCACCUCACAUCACACGUGCGCUCUAUUCGCCGUCCACAGGCAUUAUUAGCUCGCAUGACUACCUAUCGGACCUAGCGUGUGAGCUUGAAGAGCUUCCUACUGGCGAAGUGCCCGAUGCGAAUGUCGUGCUUGGCACCUCGGUUGUGCGCAUGGAUCCACACACGCCGAAUCGAGCGGCUCUGAGCAAGGCGGGCGAUGACGGCUCACAAGAAGGGUGGGUCGUUCAGCUCCGUACGCACGAUGCUUCCCAUAACGAGACGGAUUCACUUCUGGCGCGUGUUGUGAUCAAUGCUUCAGGCCUCAAUGCGCCGCGGGUCCUCAACAGCCUAUGGCCCCAAGCAUCACCGAGUCAGUGGGUGCCGAUGUAUUUCGCCAAAGGUAGCUAUGCAAGCUACCGAGGUCCUGGUGUCAAGCAUGUACAGCAUCUGCUUUAUCCAACGCCUGAAUUUAGUAAGCAGGCGUCGCAACGAGCGCAUGCCGUUCAGUCUCUCGGCACGCAUCUGACACUGGAUCUGGACCACCAUGUGCGCUUUGGACCAGACUUGUCGUGGCUCUCGCCGCCCGCAGAUGUUUCCGAUUGGCACCUGGACGACGAGCUCGGCUUCCAGCACGACUUUUGGGAAAAGUGCCUAGCGCCCGAUCCAUCUGACGCUUGGUUCGACAGUAUGUACGAAGCGAUUCAAGCAUACUUGCCAGGCGUGUCUCGUGAGGGACUCCAGGUCGACUAUGCCGGUAUAAGGCCCAAACUAUGUGGUCCUGACGCCCAACGGUUUCAGGACUUUGGCGUGCUAUGGCAUGCAAGUCGCCACGUUGAAAGGCAGCAUGUGUGGCAGUCAAGUGCCGCAGAGGCAGGGCGUGCAGCGAGUGGUCUGCUUGUGAGCCUGGUGGGCAUUGAAAGUCCUGGCCUCACGGCGUCUCUUGCCCUUGGUGAGCACAUCGUCAAGGAGCUGGAGGCACAUCUUUGGGGCCGGCAUAAUCCACGCGGACGUGCGCGGAAGUAUGUCGAUGACAUUGGUCACGACGCCCCUGGACGCAUGGGCAUAGAAGACGUCGAUGCAAAGAAACAAGCCAAGCAGGCAGGCAGGCAGACAGGCAGGCCAGCAAGCACAUAA